AUGGUGGCUGGAGUGAGGAUGACAAUCAGGGGCCGCAUGUUUAACAGGUCAGCUCACUGAUUUCUCCUUAGUCUUAGCAAUGUUCUCACAUUAUUUAGGAAGCCAAUGCUCCAAAGAUUUGAAUGAGGGCUGCACAUAAAAGCAUAAAUUGUUAUGUCAUUCCGUUCGUGGCUUGGAAAGUCUAGGUAGAAAACCAUUCCUCCCUUGCUCUCAGCAUGGCAGUUUUUUUUUUUAACAUAUGAAUGACUUGCUGCAAAGGUCCUAUUGCUUCAUUGGAUCAUUCUGCAGGUUAAAUUGAUCAUACAUGCAGUGAUGAUGGACUGUGCUGCUUGCAAUAUGUAUUUUUUGAUACUGUUUAAGGUGUGGACGUUUAAUAAGUUGGAGGAAAUUUAUAAACAGGUUGCUGAUCUUGCACAGUGCAUUUACAUUAUUUUAUGUAUUACUGCACUUCUUGCUCAUACAGGUCAGACUACCAGCAGCUUGUGUACAGUGCUUUAAGCUUCAAGAACAGCAAGAUAAAGCUUUUAAAGCCAUGCAUUGUUAAACCCUGUGAACUUUGGUCAGGCAAGCAGGUUGGUUGUAAUACAGACUAAUCUCCAUACAUUUCUUUUGAGAAUUAACUAAGAGAGUUUUGAAAAAGAUCAAUAGAAAGCAUUUUCCCUUUAGCAAUCCCUAUUAUUUUCAUCAAUUCUCAUAAACUUUUCCCUUGAUUGUGUAUUGAUUUUGUUGGGAGAAAAUUGUUGUUGGCCACUCUUGGGACGAUCUCUCCAAUAAUAACUUGCCUUGUUAUUGUUGUAGGUUAUAUCCACAGUGUUGCUUAAUCUCAUUCCUGCAGAAGCUAAGUUGCUGAGCUUGAAGGGAAAAGCCAAAAUAGCAGGAAAGGUGAUUCAUCCUUUGUUUGUAUGGUAACUACAUGUCGUACAAUGUAUAUAUAUUAAUAUAUACAGUGAAGUACCAGUCAGAGUGAUGUCCUCAUUGACUAUAGAGUACUCAAUAGUUAACUAGAGCAGAAUACAAGUAGGCUGAUACUGGAUUAAAUCUUGAUUGUUUUAAAGGGAUGAUUUAUGUGUUAGAAACUCAUACCUGCAUGAUUGCAUGAAUAAGAGUAUAACCUAAUGUGCUAAGUACCUUGUAGGUGUAAAAAAUUUGAGUAUUUUCAUGAAUGCGUGUUUUAUGGUUUUGUGUUUAUAAAGAACUGGAUAACUGGUAAACCCAAAAUGCAGUUCCUUGGAAUUCCACUGUUACAUGGUGAUGACAUGUCUGAGGCAGAGGUAGGUAAAGCAGUAUGCUGACUGUUGUACAGUCAAACCUUGCCCUACGGACACCUGCUUAAUACAGACACCUCAUUAUUACAGACAGUUUGCUUUGUCCGUGGGAAGAGAAAACCCUUACAUUUUCUCUUAAUAUGGACACUUUCUAUGGCCCCAUCACUGUCCGUUUUUAAAGGGUUUGACUGUACAGUCAACUCUCUCUUUUGUGGAAUUAGAAACACAUAAGAUGGACAAAUGCAAAAUGGAUGUCCUAAGAGAUUAUUGGUCCCAUGAAAAUUAAUUUUUUUUUUCUUGUUUAUUUUUUGGGAUGCAUGGUAUGAACUAUACUUCAUUAAAGCAAAUGCCAAAUAAAGAGAAACAAAACUCGUAAAGUGGCUGAAAUUCAUGCUAGCCGUUUAACGGAAUGAGGAGAAGUUGUUUUCCACCCAGAAAGGCGUAUCCGUUAAAACUUGUAUUUUGGAAAAGAGAUAAAACAACGUCAAUGAGACAGCAAAACACCAGAGAUCCUCCCUUCCAACUUUCAGGAGAUUAAAAAGAUUUAAUUUUAACAAGUUGUCUGUCUGUUUGUUUUUUGUAUGUUUUUCCUAAACACAGAAACUUAUGUAAAAAAUGCAAAGUUUUCUGUCCUUUAAAAGAUUUUUCCUUUGUAUGUAAAUAUGAAAUAAAGUGUUGUUGUAUAUUAAAACUCAUUAAUUUUGAUUGUGUUUGCCUACUGUUUCCUGUUUGUGUCUUUAGGUGGUUAUCCGUCAGGGACAGUUGUUGUGUGGUGUGUUGGAUAAAGCUCAUUAUGGGCCAACUCCAUUUGGUUUGGUGCAUUGUUGUCAAGAGGUAUACAGCAUAUUGUAAUAAUCAAACUGAAAAAAAAAAUGUGUGGGUUGAAGUUGAUUUAUCAGUUAAUGGACUAUUGUUGUUGAAUAUCAACGUCAUUUACAUCUUCAGAAUACGAAAUGCCCUUUCAAAGGAAAAAAAUAUGUUUUAAAGAAGUUUUUCAUUCUGUUGUUUUCAAUGAUUUAGAAUUUUAAUCGUUUUCUUGGACAUAGACUUUAUCGCUUGUGCAAACCAUAACCCAAUUUGAAACAAUUUGUGCAGCUAUUUUUCCUGAACCUGCAAUAAGAGCUUUUUAGAUAUUGUGUCUACAAAAGUGCUCAACUGUCAUUCAUGUAGCUUACAAAGUUAACGAAACAGCCCUGUAGAAAUAUACCUCCAAACUACUGUUGUUUUCAUUCAUUUGUACAUUAACCAAGCACUCUGUGAAUUGGUGGAAACUAAAUACAAGUAAACUCCCUUUACUUUGAUUCAGCUUUAUGGUGGAGCAAUGGCGGGAGACUUGCUUACUGCUCUAGCCAGAGUUUUCACCACAUUCCUACAGUUCCAUGGUUUCACACUUGGUGUUGAGGACAUUCUGGUGAAGGAAAAGGCCGAUAAGAAGAGACGUAAGUUUAUGAAAAAGGGGAGAACGGCUGGAGACGAAGCUGCCUCAGAGGCCCUUGGCCUUCCUGAUGAUUGUGAAAGGUAAAAAACAAAGCUACGUAUGUUGCAACGCGAAUUUUUUUUCCCAUGAAAUGCUGCAAAAAGAAUGAAUGAAUGAAUGAAUGAAUGAAUGACUGACUGACUGACUGACUGACUGACUGACUGACUGACUGACUGACUGACUGACUAAAUGAAUGACUGACUGUCUGAAUGACUGAAUGAAUGAAUGAAUGAAUGACUGACUGACUGACUGACUGACUGACUGACUGACUGACUGAAUGAAUGAAUGAAUGAAUGAAUGAAUGAAUGACUGUCUGAGUGAAUGAAUGAAUGAAUGAAAUGUCGUGGAUUAGAGGACAAUGAGACGCGCCCUUUUACAUUAUAAUUAUAUUAACAUGUUAACAAUAAGCUGCAAAGUCAGCGUACAAGGGUGCCACUGGCAGCCGCUAUCAGUCCAUUUAUGAGCUUGAAAUGCCCCACUCAGCCCAUGAUAUGAUUUGACCAAUAAAAGAACGAUGAAGGAGACAAGGCCAGCGGCUUAACGUCAAUUUAAGUAGUUUCUGUCAACAAAGGUUGACUUUAAGUAACGUAAGUAUAAAAUAUAUACAUCAUACUUUUGGCUGUACUUAAAAAACCGUAGUGGCCUAUUUUUGCCUAUACUUAUUAUUCCAAUAACCUGUCAGCCUAAGGAAACCAUUUCUGUUCCAACAAGCAGCUUUUGUGCCUGGGAUGGUGUGUUUCUCAUGUCUUUGUUCUAUUAGGACUGUACUGGAAGAGAAGCUACAAAAAGCUCAUCACAGUAAAGACGGAAGUAACAUGAAACAGUUGGACUUGAGCAUGAAGAAAAAGACAGACCAGUACCAAGAUCUCAUCAACAAAGCUUGUAUUCCACUGGGUCUUCUCAAGAGAUUUCCUGACAAUAACCUUCAGCUGAUGGUGCAAUCUGGUGCUAAAGGCUCCUCAGUGAAUUGUAUGCAAAUCUCCUGUUUGCUGGGGCAGAUUGAACUGGAGGGACGUCGACCUCCACUUAUGCUUAGUGGCAGGUCUCUGCCAUCAUUUCUACCUUAUGAUACCAGUCCCAGAGCUGGAGGCUUCGUGGAUGGGCGUUUCCUGACUGGGAUAAGGCCUCAGGAGUAUUUCUUUCAUUGCAUGGCAGGAAGAGAGGUACUGUUUAGAAUUAAAAUGACAAUAGGUAAAAAGAGCGACCUCGAGGGAGCAGAUUUCAGCAGGGUUGUCACUAAGAUUUGAAGUUACCGGGUCAAUAUAACAAGUAGGCUGGGAAUCAAACAACUAGGGAUUUCUUUUGGUUUUAUUUUUCUUCUAUUUUCCAAUGAAAGUAGCCGGGGCUACAUUUAUAGUAGCUGGGGGAAAUCCCCGACCCCCGGCUCUUAAUGACAGCCCUGAGAUUUGGUUACAGGCGUUCAAGUUCCAGCUGAUUAUCUGUGUCUUGUCUCAUAAUUAUUUAGAAGAGAGAUUCUACGGUUAUAAGAUGACACAAACAGCGCUUAACCACGCAGUAUGGUCAUUUUUUCUUUCUUGUUUCUUGUUUUUUUUUUUGAUGCAUGGUAUGAACUGUACUUCAUUAAAGCGAACGCCAAAUAAAGAGAAACAAAACUCGUAAAGCGGCUGAAAUUCAUGCUAGCCGUUUAACGGAAAAUGAAGAGAAUUUGUUUUCCAUCCAGAAAGGCGUAUCCAUUAAAACUCGUAUGUUGGAAAAGAGAUAAAGCAACGUCAACUACACAGCAAAAACACCAGAGAUCCUCCCUUCUAAUGUGCUUCUGAGGCCCAGCAGAAAUAGAGCUGGAUACGGAAGGGAUUGAAGCAUCAUAUGAAGCGAUGAGCAGCUUUAUGGGUAGUUUAUUACAGUCGACUCAUUGCAGACCUAAAUCAAAGGAACACUGUUGUAAAAAACCCGAAAUGUUUUCAAUGUGAAUUAUUGUUUUUCAGGGUCUUGUCGAUACUGCCGUGAAAACAAGUCGCAGCGGAUACCUGCAGCGAUGUCUUAUUAAACACUUAGAAGGUCUUCAAGUCGGUUAUGACCUGACCGUGCGGGACAGUGAUAGCUCUGUAGUGCAGUUUUACUAUGGCGAAGAUGGUUUGGACGUCAUGAAGACUUCAUUCCUUUCUGAGAAGCAGUUCCCGUUUAUGGCGGGAAAUUACCAGGUUCGGAGACUUCUUGAUUGCAAGAAUUCAUAACUCAAAAAAAGAAAAUUUGACACAAUGACUCAAAGGUUACGCGUGUGAAUAGGUGGAUUGAGCAGACGUUUUUAUAUUGUUACGUAGCACUUGCUAACAGCAAUGAUGAUGAAAUGAUUGCCCCCAGAAUAUUGUUCUGUGAUUACUUAAUCUGUACAAGAAGUACGUCUGAGUUGUUAGCUACACACAUAGGAUCUCCUUGGAGCGGAAGUGUUACUGUUAUUAAUUCAUAUACUAAAGAGUUCAACUAAGAAUUCUGAAAAUGGUUUAUUAAUUGAAACUCAACUAAAAAAGUAUUUUACCUGUGACAUUGCAUCUGUAAAGAGUGGGAUAACAUACAAGCUUUGUUCCAUUUGAGGUCAGUCCCCAGUAGAAAUAGGAAGCGUUGACGCUAUGAGUUUUUGUUAUAAUCAUAACUACAACAAAAUUGUCAAAUCUGAUUGGCUCUCAACUGCCCUGAUUUCAGCCUUAAUUGGACAGUUUAAUAGGACAGUACGCGUCAUGCCUAAGUAAUUGGACAGUACGCGCCAUCACGCGCGCGCUUAAAUGGCUUUUUUUUUCACUGCUAGCAAAACAAAAUUUCGAAUUUCUUGUGUUUUGGUUUAAAAAAUAGCCUAUUGUAUCACAAAUUUUGUUAAAGUUAUGAUUAAUUGGUAACAGAACUUCGUGUCGUCCAAUUCAGUCUGUAAUCAUACUCGUGAUUAAACAAAUCGGAGAUUUUGUUAAUCACUCGUAUGAUUACAGACCGAAUUGGACUCCACUCAGUCCUGUUACCAUUACUAAUCAUGUUUUUACAAUCGUUAUCAGUGCUAUUAUUUAAAAACACGUUACAGGAGUUUCUUUCUUUUAUAUAUUCAUUUGUUUAUUUAUUUAUUUUUAUUUUUCUACUCAUGCAGGCGUUUCUACAUCAACUGAAUCCUAAAGCGCUUCUUCCACAUCUGGAAUCAGAAAAAGCGCAAAAACUUGAAAGAAAGGUAGGAAGGAAAAAAGUCAGUCAAACAAAAGCAAACAAAAACAAAACAGCGAUGAUGACGAAAUGAUUGCCCCCAGAAUAUUGUUCUGUGAUUACUUAAUCUGUACUAAAAGUACUUCUGAGCUGUUUUUGUGCAUAAAAAUAAUAACAAUUGCUCGUACAUUUUUAGUGAUCCUUGAUGUUAUUAAUGCCUGUUGUCACUUCUGAUCAUUUUUGCGUUUGUGGAUGAAAUCCUAUGAUGUCAUUUAAAUGACACCUCUUCAGCAGCUUUUUUCCAUGUUACUAUUCGUUUUUUGGUAUGUUACAAAGUAAAAUUUAGGAUUUCUCUCAAAAUUCCCCAAUGCCAUUGUUUGUUGACAUGAAAUGCAAGCUACUGAUUUUAUUUGUUUCCAGAUUACUAAAUGGAUGAAAAAACACGAGCAGAAUCGCCAAAAAAGAAGUUCACCAUUUCUGUGUUUUGCUAGAGAAAACUGUCCACAAGAGUCUGAAGAUGAAGCUGAAACUCCUGUACAGUUUGGGCGAACUAAGGUGCUGAAUCUGUCAAGUUAACUAUUUUUAUUUUAGUUCUAGGGUACCUGCUCUUCCUAGCAGCUUGAGAAAGAAGCAUUUGAAUUCCCUGCUUCUGAAAUUUGUUCGUAACAGUAAAGUCCCCUUCUAGUAAACUUUCCUUGUAACACUUUUGCCAGUAGAUAUCCUGUCAGCCCCAUUAGCUACCCGCGAUGACGGGUAAUAUUUCGCGGAAUCACUUUCAACUAAAUGAUCUUGUUAUUUUAACCAAGUAUUAAAUGCCGACAGCACGGUUCGAGACAAUCAGUGGGCCACCAGAUGUGAUUAUAAGUUGAUUAUUUUGAGUAGAUAACUGUUUUUCAAGUCUGUACUUCAUGUAUUUGUCGUUACUGUUCCCGAUUAACAGUCUGGUUUCGAUCUCGGGCUCGGCCAGAUUGAAAGUGCGUUACAACGUGGCUUUAUUUAACACUGGCUUAACUCCGUUUACUAUCUUACCGAAAAUGUUUAAGCAUUGGUGUGUACGUGGUUUGUCAGAACGGCAGUUUUGUGUUCAUGUAUCAUACGUCUGCUUUUAUUUCUAGGCUGAUCUGAAGCUCUUUAAAAAAUGGAGCAAGGCACCCUUGUCCGUUCGUGAAAGGUUUGUUAUAAACUAGCGUUGACUGUAAUUUUCACAAUUGGAUGAGUCUGUAUCUGUCGGUGAAGUCAUUAACUUUAAAACAAAUGAAAUAAAAUGACGUGUGAAACUACUGUUCUCGAAAAGUCAUUUCCUUUUGAUUAAAAUACCUGUUGGACACAAAUGACGCUUGAAGGCAUAAAUGAACAAACCGCUAGCUUCACUGAGAGAGUUAGUGUCACAUUUCCUACAUGUACAUCACUCAUUUCCUUUUUUCAAUUUUUUUUUUGUAUCGAACAAGAUGAGGGUGGUAAGUUCGUCAUAGGGGGUCAUAAAAUUUUGAAGUACAAGUUAGCAGCGAUGAUGAUGAAAUGAUUGCCCCCAGAAUAUUGUUCAGUGAUUACUUAAUCUUUACUAAAAGUACUUCUGAGCUGUUAGCUACACGUGUGGUUUCUCUCGAGAUUAAAGUGAUCAACUUUUAAAUAGCCCUUGCAAAGGCUUUAUUCCUUUGAUACUCGACCGAAAAAAAUAUUAAUUGUCUGAGUAUGCCUGCCAUGAAAUUUAUCAAAUUUCAAACAGAAUAAACUGCCACCAAAUUGAGUGAAACAUGAAAUAACUUCUCAAUAGAGGUUGUAAAAAUUGCGUAAUGUUUGUUAACGAUCAACAUUCAACGGUUACUCUGUACUGUGAUAAAGUUGCAUGUUGUUAAAGAAGCUAUUCAGAGUUCAAUUUCAUUACCUUUUAUUACCAACUUUUAUUUGUUUGUGAAUGCAAAAACAUAAAGUAACUUUAGUUCUUAUUUCAAGGACAUAACCCAAUUCUACUAUUGUCAAUUCAGUCCGGUGUCCGCUUAAUAGAGGAUCGUUGUAAGGGAAAUAUCGGACGUUCGUUUCGGGACCCUGCUUAGUGUCCGCUUAACAGAAGGUGUCCACUUAAUUGGGGGUCCGCUUAAAAGAGGUUUCACUAUACGUUUCUGGAAAACUGCCCAACUACCCCUCCCCUAACACAGCCUCCUUAAGGGUAGCUGAAAUGUAAAACACUCUUUCACAGGUAUACCAAGAAAUCUGCCAGCUGCCCCGAUCCUGUGCUGUCAAAGUACCAGCCAGAUAGGUAUUUUGGGGCGGUGUCUGAGAAGUUUUCUACUUCUGUAAAGAAGUACACAGGUACAAAUCCGGACAAAUGCUUGACAGAUGAGGAUUAUGAAGAAAAGUAAGUAAUCUUACCACGCAAUCUCCUUAUGUUAUGGCUUAUGGUAUAUCGUUAGAAACGAAACCUUGUUCCGUGUUGUCCGCGCCCCAACCCCGCCAGGUGGGAUUUAGCAAAACUUGGACGCCUUAAAAAGAAGAGAAACAAUUACCUCCGUGAACUCGUACAGAUUGUAUUGAUUUUAGUGUCAGUGCCGCCCUAGAGAAGGCUGUCCUUCAUUAAUAGUUGCCAGUAAGGAGAGCUUUCACUCUAGUUUCAUAGUGAAUAGUGACAUGUUACCAGUAAUUUUGUGUCCUGGUUUUAGUGGUAAAAUACCAGCAAGCAAAUUCGAGCUCCUGAUGUACUUAAAAGCUUUCCGAGCAUUAGCAGAACCCGGUGAAGCAGUUGGUUUGUUAGCGGCGCAGGUGAGUCACCUCAUACGUCUGAAAGUAAUGUUUCCCUCAAUUAAGCCUUGCUUUACUGUUCCAUUUGGAGGAAUAAACAUCACGAAUUACGGUCGUUUCGCUGCAUCAUAGAGUCGAUUCUCUGCAACGAACCUUUUUGUAUUAAACAGUUAAAAACAUUUUAAAAUGAACUACAAACGGGUAAUAACGAGUUCAGUUAGCGAAACAACUUUAUAACUUUGCAGUGAAUCGACUUCAUUAUGCAACGAAACGACUUUGUAGCGAAACAACCAUACUCCAACAUCACCAUUCGCCACUUAAGAAUCGAAGAGGAAGCUGAGUCGAGUUAAUUUUCAUUAAGACUUCUGGGAAGAUUACUAUGGAUGCGCUGGCCACCCAUCGGCCAAUUUUUUUCCUGUCCCCUGUAGCAGUCCCAGAAGUCCUUGCGAAAGUUAACUAGUUUCUUUGUCGUGGCGAAUUUUGUUUGCAUUGGCAGUGAGGAUUUGUCGGCGAACGAAACUGCCUGUUAUGAAGAGCAGAAUGUAACAAAAUUAUAGCUUUUGAGGAUUUCCAUUUUCUUUUUUUGACAUCACCUUCAGAAAUCUGUCAGUCAGAAAUGAAAUCUUCGAAUUAAAAGAGUCUUGCUAUUUAGAGAACAGUUCUCUUCCUCUAUUGUCAUGAGGAAUUUUGGAAAAGCAAGAAGAAAUAAGUUGUUCGAAGGACGAAAAAGGCAAUUAAACGCUAAUGCUUUCUGUACUCUAGAUGAUGCGCUUAAAACUUUAGCCCCUCGUCUAUUUGCUCGUGACAAAAUACCGGAUGACUUAGCGAUGGACUGGUAUAUUAGGGCGGACAGUGAGUAAAUGUUUUCUUCAAUUGUAGCUGGAAUGUGCUACAGAUACCAAGUCAGACUAUGCUGCUUGGGUCACGGGCUUAACGAAUUGUAAACAGCAGUUCAGACGCUUGUCUUUGUUUUUCAGUCCAUCGGUGAGCCGUCUACGCAGAUGACGCUCAACACGUUUCAUUUUGCUGGCCGUGGUGAGAUGAAUGUCACACUUGGAAUUCCAAGACUCAGGUACACGUGCUUUGAAAUGAUUUCACUCUCACUUACCCUUUUGAAGCUGCAAGACUAACAACUUGCUGGAAGCUAUUGUGCGAAUAGCCCAUUUCCGAUUUGCUUAAAGCUGUUUAUUCGGCAGAGCGAGUCCUGGUGCACAAUCAUCUAUUUAAAAAUGAGAGAAGUCGUUCCCAAGGUCCUCUCCUACUUGUUCCCUGGGCCGGGGGAAGAGUAGGACAGGAACCCGAGAACGAAAUUGGAAAUGAGUUGACUUGCAUGGGAAUAAGAGAGGAUGAAGACCAGGACUCGAUUUGAAAAAGUUCGGAGGGAGCCUGUUGAAUAAAUAACGGUUUUUCAAAAGAACUGUGUUGCAGGCACAGUCAUGCAGUGCUCGUAACAUCAGCUUUAGUAUUCUCUCUUCUAAAAUUAACGUACUUUUACUUCUAAUUAGAAGUAAGUGAGAGAAUGUUUGUCGCCUUGGUGGUCUAUCAGCAAUGAUGAUGAAAUGAUUGCCCCCAGAAUAUUCUUCUGUGAUUACUUAAUCUGUACAAGAAGUACAUCUGAGCUGGUAGACGAGAAAAUAGGACCUGGCCCCAGUUGUUCGAAGGGUAGAUAAUGCUAUCCAUUGGAUAAAUCUCCAUCCAGUGGAUAAGGCAACUGAUUUCCUUCAUACUUAUCUGCUGAUAGUGAUUUAUCCAAUGGAUAUCGCUAUCCAGCUCAGUUUUGAACAGCUAGGCCCUGAUGUGAAGAAUGUAAGGGCAAAAUCAGAGAGCGUUGAUGACCUUAACGCUUUAAGCCCCAAUAUCCACAUACAAAUUCUCCAAACUGAUUUCUAUACAUUUCCUUAAAGAAUGUGUUGAGAGAAUUUGAUAAAAGAUCAAAGCAUUUCCUCUUUGGUGAUCAUUUUAUUAAUUCUCAUAACUGUUUCUCUUGAUGAUGUAUGGAUAUCAUCAGGAGAAAAUUUUAGUUGGUCACCAGUGGGACUUAAAGGGUUUUAAAAUUACUUUUUCGUACCAGGGAAAUCUUGAUGACUGCCAGUGCGAAUAUCAAAACACCAAGUAUGGACUUGCCGUUGAAACCGGGGCCAAAAGCAAGGAAACGUGCGAAACAGCUUCAGAGAAAAUUCACAAAGGUCACUUUGGCCCAGGUAAUGGUGGUUUCCAUUGGAAGGUGUAUGUCUCCCAGUCCCCUCUGGUACUCGCUCGCUUGAUAAUCCGAAGGGAGCUGGGUACUUGCUAAUGGUUCCGACUAGGCCUCUAAAAUGUAGCCGAUGAUCUAAGCAGUUAAUAAGUAAAGUUAACUUCCUUAUGUCCUCUUUUUUAUGGAAAAAUGAGAGUAAAUGUGUGUUUUUUUAAUAUUCUCUUAAGCUUAAAGAGAUUACUUCAGCUAGAAUGUUUGAGUGUCGACCAUUAAAAUCUAUUUUUAGUUUCUUUUCAACUAGUCUCUUUGAAUGACAAGAAGAGUUUGUCUGUUUGUACUGUAUAGUGUCACAACAUGCUAUAUCAAUUGCUUUAGGAGAGGUGUUGAACACCACUGAUUUUGUAAUCAGAAUUUUAAAAACAAUUCAAAACAAUAGAGAAGAUUAAGUACUGAUAUUUGUUUUGCUGUUUUUUGUUAUACCCCACCCCACUCUCCAUCUGUAUAAUAUGAAUUUUGUUGUGUAAGGUUAUUAAAUGAAAAGUAACUAAGGAAGUAACUAGUGAUAACCAAAGGUUAGGGAGUGCGGGCGACAACGAUCGAAGGUCAAAACGCUUUUGCUCCAGCGUUGUGCUUUGCGUAAGUUUCAGGUGACAGGCGGUCAAAACACGCGUGAUUAGAUUACGAGUGAUAGAAAGCCCAAACGCGCGUGAUCAAAGUGCGUUCUGUGGAUUCCAUACAUUCCUAGUGGAAGUCAAAACGAAUGCUGGCCACAUACAUGCGACGCAUGCGUAAUAACAACCUGAAGAUUAUAGGAUUGCCGGCUCCUCUUGUCGCCCGCAUUAAUACAAUAAGGUCUGACGGUAUUAUUUUCCUGUUAUUUUUCUUUUUUUGCGAAUGAAAACUGUUUUGCAGUUAAUGCACUUUAUUUUCUCGCAGGUUUUGGAGUCUGUAGAUGUUUGGGAAUCUUUAUCAGCAAAGCAGAGCGGAGGGCGGUGAGAACCAGCCAAUCCUUCUGUUUUUUUUUUUCUACUGAUUUUUGUCCUGCAUUCUUCUAAGAUCCAAACGCAAAUAUUUUCAACCCACUCCUCCAUCGUAUAUUACUUCUUCUUGUACUGUAAUUUUUUCACCUGAAAUACCCAUCACAAAGGAUUUAAAAUUAUAAAGUCCACUCGGUAUAAUAUCCCCGAAAAGGAAAUGUUACUUUCAAUUCGUGUCUUGUUUAUGAAAUUGACGCUUACAAUUUUUGUUGGCUUUCAAUCAUUUAGAAGCAGGAUGCACCGUAUCAGGUUAAAAUUCCUCAGCGAGGUAUCAUACAAGGUAACUGUAACUUGUGUGUCUAAUAAAUUGUAUAAUUACGGGUUAUUUUGGGGUGAGUUGGCUUUAGAAGGCCCCGCCAAUCUAUGCGAGUCCUUCGGGGCAAAAGCGUUUUGUCUGUAGGUUUUUAAACUAUUUUGUGCCCUGGAGGCGUUUUUUUUUUGUACAAACUGCACAUGGACAUUUUGUUAUAGUGACCAACAUCAAUGUUAUCCUAACAAUAUCGACUAAUAAUCACGGACAAGAUUACGAGAAUUAGUAAAUGAUCACCAAAGGGAAAGUGCUUUGUAAGUGGAUACUGAGGCUUAGAGGGUUAAACUUGAUAGUUUCCACUAGUGAUAGAGAGGCGACUGUUCAAGUAAGAUGCCAUAUAUUAUUGUCUUUCACCAGGAUGAAUUUUGCGUGAAGGCAUCAAGCAUUCUUCGUUAUGUGGAGCUUAUUUUCAUCAAGAAGAUUAUUUCCGCAGUCUUGAAAGCCACAAAAGCCAAGUCAAGUGAGAUGUAGGUGGAGGCUUAGGCCAAUGUUGAGUAACGGCGUACACAACAUCGACGAAUUCUUGAUGAUUUUUCAUACGAAUUGGUAGUUACACUCAGUCUGUGUAGGCCUCUCGGUUGUUUAUACCUGGUUUUGUUUUGGUUAUGUUUGAUGCUCAAAGUUAUAUGUUCUUCCCCGUUGGGGGGUCGUGUAUAGGCAAUGGAGUGUCCGCUGUGAUUGUUUUGAGUGCGUAGGCUUAGAUUAUAUCCCCGAAAGGAAUGAACGAAGUCUCUGGGCAUGUGUCAGAGCUCAAGCAAACGCUACGACAGCGUCUUGGUUUUCGUCUUGUAGUUCCCACGUAAAUACCUAGUAGAACUUAUCAUGGGUUAAUAUUUUUGGCAGAAUAAUUGAAACUGUGGCGGAAAAUAAUCAGCCGAGAAAUGGAAACAGUGAGGCAGGAGGUGGUGCUCAAGGUAUCAUAGAUAAGCAAAAGAGUUAUCAACCAUCUAACUCAAUAAACAAUGAACAAAUAGAUGAAUAGAUAAACUAGUCAUAAUCAAAGAUUAUCAAGUGCGUUCGAAUGGUCUGCAACCGGGAUUUCUCUCCUUUUCCAAGGUUAGUGAGGACGUCAUUGACUCCUGCAAAAUAUGUGGGGAUGACAGAUAAUUAUCCCAAGAUCCAUUUAGACAACGACGGUUUUCUCGUACAAUUUCACUUGUACAAUAUGUAUUUAACCAUUGGGAAUGAUUCAUUGACAGACAGGCAUGUUUAUGUCAAAGAUGGCGUUAUUAAAAUAAACGAGCAUGUAUGCCUGUCUUCGCUUCUCUUUGAGGAAGGGGAAUACAAGGCGAGACCAAGACAUUUUCACACUAAGGGUUUUGAUGUGUCCUUAGUGUUCUUGGCUGAUUUUCUUAUUGGAUAGGGAACCGUCAUUUCGAGUUUUCAGGGCCAACUUCAGUGUUCAAAGCCGGGCUAUCGUUAAUCAUGGGCUCGCUGUUAUGAGACAAAAGAUGAAUACGCUGUAAAGAUGACACCGCACAAGUUGUCGAAACGUCGGUCACUGUUAACAACAGUCCUAUUCAGAACCACGUUCACCCGGACGAUCAUACUCAACCUACUUAUAAAAUGAUUUGUCAUGGAAAUUAACCCUGGAUUUCUCUUUUCGGUUUUCGAACAACAGCCGGCCCUGUAUAUGUGUGUAGGCAAUGGGUUAUCAGUCGUGUAAGAGAGAACAUGCAGACACUGUAUUACUCAAGAAUUGUCAAAAUUGGAGUUCAAUAAAAUUGUCAUGAUUUUUGUACAGAUGACGAUGAUGAUGACAACGCGGAGUUAUCCGACGAGGAAGCGGCUGAUGGUGACGCAAAUGAAGCUAAACAGAGACAGAGAAGACAACAGGUACAGUAAGAGAAAAGAACCGAGAGAAAUACGAUUCAACCCCUUAUCAUCUCACAAUCUUGUUCUAUUUAUCCGUAUCUAUUGUUGUUUUUGUAUAAUACCCAUAAAUAAAGUUAAGUGAAAUUUAACAGAGUUAACAACCAGGAGCGCAAGCGUCGGUCAGCGGUCAGUGCGAUGGCUCAAGCGCGGUCAGCCUUGCUUGCAUCAUCUCCAUGUGCUUGGUAUGGCGUUUCCUAGUGGCCACUCUCUUUUUUAGUCUUUGUAUCAUUCUUUUACCCCCAUUGCUCACCCCCUUCAUUUUUUCCACUGAUAAAUCAGUGUGACAUGUGCCUGGUUCCGUUGGCGUGGUGGUUCAUGGCAAUAGGGCGCGGGUUUACCAGCCAUUGGGGCGUAACUUUUUCUAGGGGCUGGCUUUGCCAAAAGUGGAAACCCUUAGACAUCUCGGGCACCCAUCUCCACUUAGCGACGCAGUUGUUAAAGUUGAUAAACUGCUGCAACUCAUUUUUUUUCAGCAUGCCAGUUAUGAACCGCCCGAUGAGGACGAAGAAAACGAGUUAGACUACUACAGUGACGGUGAGCAUGCCCUGUAUUCCCCUCUCCAGAAACUACCAGGGGCCUUAAUCGAUAGUAUUCAAGGCAACCAUUAACCAACCUGAGGUGGGAAAUUGUUGUAGUAGUCUCCUGGUUAAGAAUUGUUGGGAGAUGAUUGUACUAGCAGGAUAUUUUGACUCCAAACUUCUCUUUUGGAGACCUAAAAGAGGAUCGUUGUCAUCUUCUAUCUAAGUAAUCCUUUUCACGUUUGGUACAAUUUUAUCUUUGUUUUUAUUUCUCUUUUUCUUCAAAAGACGACGAAAACAGCGAAGAAAUCUCGAGUUUGAGAACGGAAUCACUUUUCGGAGGUACAUUUUCAUAUUGGUUGUGAUAUAUUGCAUGUAGUGCAAGAACAUGUAACGUAAACAGAGAUAAAAUCAAGUAAAACUACGAACGCAGGGAGUUGUCCCUGUUCGUCUUUUCGAAUGUCCUUUAUUUUUUAUUGAAUGGCUUUUUUUAAUUAUUAUUUUUAAUUUCAAGAGGAUGGAGAAGAUCAGAAUUUAGAUGACAGCGCAGAGCAAGAAAAAAUGAAAAAGGCCAAACGCCGUCGCUCGAGUGUUGAUGAUGCGAGAUUACAGGUAAAAUUAAAAUCACUGAUAGCCUGAAAGUUAGAGGCGCGAGCUUUUCUUUUUACUUUUCAUGCGCGAGAUUUUUCGAGCAAUCACCUGGUUUAGCAAGUGUGGUUCUCUGUUUGUUUGCAGCGUGUUUUACAGAGUGAUAUUCACGUCGCUUCAUAUUCAUAUGAUGCGGAAAAUGAAGAAUGGUGUGAAGUCUCCUUACAGGUAAUUGUUGCCGUCCUGUCGAUAAAUGUUUAUAUGUCGAAAAUUUGGUUGGUGUUCCUGUGGGCAAGGCUGAUGAGUUGUUGACAUAUACAGGGCGUUGCUUAAGACAAGAAACACUGUGGAUCCUAGCUAGUGAGACCAAAAAAAGGAAAACAUUAUCGGUAGCUUUUGAUUUGUCCACCAGUGAUCCACAUAUCGCUUCGCUUGCUUUACUUAAAACGGUAAUCUCAAACGGUCCCUUCCUUUGAACAAGCUGAGAUACGACGCUGCAAAUGCUUGCCUCACGAUAAUCCGUUUUCAUGGAUCGUGACAUUUCGUUCGACCACUUACUACUUGUUUCCACCAGGCGAAUGUCUUCGGCGUCUUGCUCCGCGGGAUGGCGGCAAUAGUGACUGUCAUUAGGCAAAUCAUAAAUAAGUCAAUCAAAUUAAGAUCAACUUGAAAAAUGAGUUUCUGUAGCAUGGCUCAUGAUCGCUUGUGAGGAGACAGUUUUCUCAGAGCCCACAUUGUCGUGCCAAAGAAACCGCACCUUAACGAUCAUCUGCCACACCUAAUGUGGAGUAGAUGCUGAAACGGUUGCGACAUUACAGACUUCAUUAUGCACCUAUGACUUUAUGUGUCUUGGAAUUUGCUAAAUAUGCAAACGUGUUCCAUUAUACUCAGUGGCCUAUUCUGACAGUUUUGGAAUAUGCGUUUAGGACCACCGUGAAACAUAAGUAAAGUAAUCGUAUAAGAAUUAUCGUACAUCGGGUGUGAAAAAGGAUAGGAGUAUUUUGCUAACUUCUUACAAUUUGCAAAAACCCUUGGCAAACGGUCUUAUGAAUUUUAGUUCUCAAAGUUUGUGUUCACUCUUAGUUUACUCAAAUAACUGCAUCUAACAAACGUGUGUGAGGGUUUGAGAAGGUUGCUUUUCUUUAUCACCCAUCAGGGUGCUAUUAGUUUUAUAAUGAAACUUUCUUUUUCCCCGUAACAUCAAGAUCAGCCCGUCUUACGAAAAGUACAUCUUAUUCCCUAUCCCUACGCGAUGAAGUACUUAUACUUUUUCUAAUUGUUGUUUUCUAACUUUCCUACCUAUUUUUAGUUUCCCGUGACGAACUUCAAAAUCCGAGUUUCUUCCGUGAUAGAGAAACUGGCCAACCAGGUAUAAGUUUUGCGAAUUUUUAAUUGUUUUGCUAAGUUACGACAUUCAGUAGUUUUUUCUCCUCACAAUACGGUACCCACAUGCUUGUAGGCUCAUUCUACUGAAAUUAAUUUCGAUAAUUGUCUUCUAUUCUUUCAGAGUGUUGUCUAUGAAACUCCAAAAAUUAACCGAUGUUUUUUGGUCGAAAAUAACGAUACUGCAGUGCUGAAAACUGAAGGCGUCAAUCUACAGGUAACUGCGCUUUGCGUUACUGGCGGCCAUCUUGGUUUCAAAUGUUUUAGUCUAGCCUGGGGUUUACUGUCAAACCUACUUGGAAGGAGGGAGGGGAGGCAGGGGCGGGGGACGGAAAAAUACGGCACUGUGAACAGUCUAACAGAUAACCCUUGAAAAAAAAAGUAAUCAAAUUAAACAGGAAAGAGUGAAAUGUGUGAGAUGAUAGAUAGCUUUCGUGUCUCUCUGUGUGGCCGUGCUGUCUUGAGGCCAGCCAUGUGUUGUAGCUCUAAUCAGUAGUGAAUGGUCUGAUGGAUUGUCAAAUAUGUGCGAUGAUAUUUUCUGUUCUUAUAAUUUUAUAUCGUUUUUCCUUGGUGUUUUUAUUGAUUAAUGAGUUGUUCUUUUUAGGCUGCAUGGCAAUACGAAGACGUUCUUGACUUGACGAAGAUAUACACAAACGACAUUCAUGCUAUGGCGAACACAUACGGAAUCGAAGCAGCAGCAAAAGUUAUAAAACAGGUAAACUCUUCCUUGUUUUACUGAAGCUACUUAGCACCCUGUAUAAUGUGUCAAGAGCUUGAAAAGCCUAUAACUCUUAUCCAAGUCGUUACUAUUAAAGUUUUCUUUUUCCACCUCCGAAAAUAAAAUGGGUAAAAGCUUUCGGCGCGAUGAUUUCUGUAGCCUGCGAAAACAUCCGUUUGUCCUCGCUCUUCGUAGCUGGGGACGUUUCUCGCGGAGGAACGUCCCCAACGGCGAUAUCAUCGACCAAUCAUAAUUAACGCUUGUUCACCCAAACAAUCCCAGAAAUCACUGCACCCAAAGCUUGUACCCAUUCUCCCUAGAAUUUCUGAAGUGUAGAGGAUUGGCUCCAUCGGUAAAAUUGCGCAUGACCUGAUCCCAAUGGUUUCAGGUGCUUAACUGCUAUAGGGGCUUUAACCAAUCUGACCACAAGGGAAGGGUGAGUGAGUUAGAAAGGUGUUGAUGGUAGAGGACAAUGGUUUUGUUGCAGUGGUGGGAAAGUGCCUGCUGUUACUUUGCACCAAAAAUUAACAUCGAAAACACUUUGGAACAGAAGAAAGAGGAACCGUGAUUAAAAGAUUCAGCCACUAUUACAAGACAGAACCAUCUAUUUUUGAACAGGGAUCGCUUUGCGCAUAGGUGUAAAAAAAGUGUGAUGCUUUUUUCCCUUAAGUUUAACAUUCUUAAGAGACACAGGAUAUGCUUACUAUCUGUUUUUCACCUUGCAGGAAUUAAAAAACGUAUUCAGUGCUUACGGAAUUCAAGUGGAUCCUCGUCACCUCAGCCUUGUGUCCGACUACAUGACGUACGAAGGCACAAUUAAGGCCUUCAAUCGCAUUGGAAUCGAAUCGAACGCUUCUCCUUUCCAGAAAAUGAGUUUUGAAACCACAACACAUUUCCUUCGCGGAGCAGUACUGUCAGGAGACACAGAGAAAUUAAAUUCGCCUUCGUCACGGCUUGUUGUCGGUCGAGUAGUGGGAACUGGUACAGGGUCUUUUGAACUGCUGCAACCGCUGUGUUGAUGACCUUGUUGCUUAGUUUAAUUGUUGUUUAGGUGUUUGUGAGCGCAAAGAUAGGCUUCUUAGGCCUGUUUCAAACGUUGUGCUACGGCCGUUCUAAGCUGGGUCGGACUUCAGCACGACUCUAACACAACUGUACCACGACUUGGUUUCAGACCCGGAAUUUAACGAAGUCGAAUAAAAUAG